AUGACCACCUCGUCACUCGCGUCGCUGCUCCUGCUGCUGCUGGCGGCCGGAGCGAACGUGAAGGCCCACGUCCCCGAGGUGGAGGGCGUCCUCAUCCUCUCGCAAGACAACUUCUCCGAAGCGCUGGAGAGUGAAGGCAAUUACCUCCUCGUCGCGUUUGUGUCCGGCUCUUGCGAGCAGUGCUCCGAGUUGCCGCCCAAGCUUGCCCGGACCGUCGAGCUCCUCCGGGAGCGCGGCGCUCCGGUGCGGCUCGGCUCGCUGGACGGGGAGACGCACGCAACCCUCGCCACCGAGUUCGACGUCUCCCACUACCCCGACUUCCUGCUCUUCGAUCCAGGCUCCCGCGCCAAGCCCCGGCACUACCACGGCCUGUGGGAAGCGGAGGCCCUGGCCAAGUGGGCGACGAGGCGAGCGGGGCCCCCAGCCGUGACUGUGGCCACCACGGCGGAGGCCCAGGCCUUCGUCGACUCCGACAGCCUCGUGCUUCUGGGGUUCUUCAAGGAUACGGAGAGCCGCGACCUGAAGACCUUCUUGGAGAUCGCCGACACAUAUGAUGAGGUGCCCUUCGGUGUCACGUCAAGCGAAGAGGUUUUCGCGAAAUACGGCGUCUCAAGUGACUCCAUUGUGCUCUUCAAGAAGUUUGACGAGGGCCAGGUGGUCUUCACGGAGCAGGUGGAGCGGGAGAAGCUGGUGCACUUUGUUCAGCUGCAAGAGCUCCCGUCCGUCGUCACCUACUCGGACGAGACGUUCCCGCUGCUCUUCAGCGGGCUGGUGAAUGUGCACAUCCUGCUGUUCGCCAACGCUUCCUCAGAAGGAUUCCCUGAGCUCUUUGAGCAGUUCAAGGCGGCUGCUCCUCCCUUCAGAGGAAAGGCAAGUCCAUACCUCAAGACCUUCCUCUAUUCCACCUGUCUGUCGCAGUCCCCUCCCGGUUUGUGUUGUGGACAGAUCCUGUUUGUGCUGCUGAACAGCGCGGUGCCGGAGAACGACAACGUGCUGGAUCUGUUUGAGCUGACGGACGGGGCGCGGCUGCCUGCGAUCCGCCUGGUCAAGGUGAACAAGGACAUGGUGAAGCACGUGCCGUCCUUUAGCGACUUCACCACGGCCAACAUCACCUCGUUCUGCCAGGACUACUUGGACGAGCACAACAAGCCCUUCUCGAAAUCGCAGGAAAUCCCCAAGGACUGGAACAAGCGGCCGGUCAAGGUGCUGGUUGGAAAAAACUUCGACGAAUUCGUGUUUGACGAAACGAAAAACGUGUUCGUUGAAUUCUAUGCCUCCUGGUGUGAUCACUGCAAGAAGCUGGCGCCCGUGUGGGAGCAGCUCGGAGUCCAGUACAAGGACCACGACAACAUUGUCAUCGCCAAGAUGGACGCCGAGAAAAACGAAGUGGCCGCCGUGCACAUCCCGGGCUACCCGAAAAUCAAAUACUUCCCUGCUGGGCCCGGCAAGAAGAUAAUCAACUACACGGGGGAGAGGACACUGGAGGCUUUCACGCGCUUCCUGGAGAGUGGAGGCCAAGUCCAGAGCAGCGGUGGCACGGUGAGCAGCGGUGGCACGGAUGGGAAGACGGAAGAACCUUCAAACAAAACGGAUGAUUUAAAGAAGGAAGAAUUGUGAACAUUUUUAAUAUUCGUGAAAUUAAACAGCACACAAGCACAGUAAAAUGAUCUUUUUCCGUUGUUGGUGUUUUGCAAUAUUCAUCAAAAAGGGUAAAUGUAUGUUGCCAAAGCAUUUACAAGAUUCACUUUUUUUUGUAUUAGCCAUUCAGUUGGAUCUAAGUUUGCUGUAGGCCUGAAGUCUUCAAGAGCCCAUUGCCGAUUAUAAUCAACUCUAAUAAUGAUAAAUAAUAAACAAUUAUUUCCAUGAUCAAUCCACUGCUGGAUGAAGUCCUCCCCACAGUCAAGUCGUUCGUGACGGUUAUUAACUACACUUCACCACACUGGUCAGUGCAAGUUGGUGAAGGGGUGCCCCAAGACCCUUUUAGAUAUUAACUGCCACUGAUGUUACCCAUGGGCGGGACUCAAACUCGAGUCACAAAGUUCAUAAUGCAGUGUGCUGACCACUGCUCAACGUGAAUCGAAACACAGCCACCGCUGAAAUAUGGGCUCUGUUAAUCAGUGAGGUAAUUUACUCAUAUUUGUUUAAUGCACAGGUUUAUACAUAUAGCCUAUGGCUAUGAACAUGGUAUGAUUAUUGAGCAGGCCGCAGUUAAACACGGCCCAGAAAUUACCAAAGAGGACCAUGCAUUUUUUUUACUGCCAUUAAUUCAAUACUGCAUUUGUAUGGAUUUGAUGUUCUUUCUCCAAAUUCUGGCACAGGCUCUUUCCCAUUUGGGGAAUACAAAUUAUUUUAACAAUCAAAUGGGAUGCUAAAUUUUUAAACCAAUGUUUUGUCUGUAUCAUAGAGUACACCUGUCACGUCAGCAAACAUCUACAGGCAAUUCAUUAUUGUAAAUCGACGUUACCAUUGCAAUUGACAAUGGACUGUCCAGACUCAUACUCAUCAAUAAUACUGCCUUAAAAUAAAACAUAUAACCUGCAA